GGAUUUGUCCCGCCCACCGCCGCCAGCCCGGUUCCGUUUCCGGCUGGCUGAGUACUGAGGUGCAGAAAGUGAUCGCUGCCGUGGUCGCCAUGGGGAAGUCGGAUUUUCUUACUCCCAAGGCUAUCGCCAACAGGAUCAAGUCCAAGGGGCUGCAGAAGCUACGCUGGUAUUGCCAGAUGUGCCAGAAGCAGUGCCGGGACGAGAAUGGCUUUAAGUGUCAUUGUAUGUCCGAAUCUCAUCAGAGACAACUAUUGCUGGCUUCAGAAAAUCCUCAGCAGUUUAUGGAUUAUUUUUCAGAGGAAUUCCGAAAUGACUUUCUAGAACUUCUCAGGAGACGCUUUGGCACUAAAAGGGUCCACAACAACAUUGUCUACAACGAAUACAUCAGCCACCGAGAGCACAUCCACAUGAACGCCACUCAGUGGGAAACUCUGACUGAUUUUACUAAGUGGCUGGGCAGAGAAGGCUUGUGCAAAGUGGACGAGACACCAAAAGGCUGGUAUAUUCAGUACAUAGACAGGGACCCAGAAACUAUCCGCCGGCAACUGGAACUGGAGAAAAAGAAAAAGCAGGACCUUGAUGAUGAAGAAAAAACUGCCAAAUUUAUUGAAGAACAAGUGAGAAGAGGCCUGGAAGGGAAGGAACAGGAGGUCCCUACUUUUACGGAAUUAAGCAGAGAAAAUGACGAAGAGAAAGUCACAUUUAAUUUGAGUAAAGGAACAUGUAGUUCAUCCGGAGCAACAUCUUCCAAGUCAAGUACUCUGGGACCGAGUGCACUGAAGACGAUAGGAAGUUCAGCAUCAGUGAAACGAAAAGAAUCUUCCCAGAGCUCAACUCAGUCUAAAGAAAAGAAGAAAAAGAAAUCUGCACUGGAUGAAAUCAUGGAGAUUGAAGAGGAAAAGAAAAGAACUGCCCGAACAGACUACUGGCUACAGCCUGAAAUUAUUGUGAAAAUUAUAACCAAGAAACUGGGAGAGAAAUAUCAUAAGAAAAAGGCUAUUGUUAAGGAAGUAAUUGACAAAUAUACAGCUGUUGUGAAGAUGAUUGAUUCUGGAGACAAGCUAAAACUUGACCAGACUCAUUUAGAGACAGUAAUUCCAGCACCAGGAAAAAGAAUUCUAGUUUUAAAUGGAGGCUACAGAGGAAAUGAAGGUACCUUAGAAUCCAUCAAUGAGAAGACUUUUUCAGCUACUAUCGUCAUUGAAACUGGCCCUUUAAAAGGACGCAGAGUUGAAGGAAUUCAAUAUGAAGACAUUUCUAAACUUGCCUGAGUUUGAAAAUUUGUUAACAAUACAUUAAAAUCUUAAAGCAUCAAAUUGGUGUUCGCCAAGGCAUUAUGAGACUCUACUGUGUUAGGGUAUAUUCUUUUGUAUAAAACAAACAGGUUUUUGAAAAUAUUACUGUAUAGUUGUUCAGCUAAACUUUGAGAAGAAUUUAAUUAUGUCUCAUGAGGUAUCAAAACUAUGUAAUUUUGUUCUUGUUAUUUUUGUUUCCUUUGUAAUUGACUUGAUGAAUUUAUAUCUUCAUUAAAGAGUGUUAUUAUGAAGUGUUUUA